CGGCCAUGUUGAGGGCGGGGAGCGCGGAGGGCGCGGAGGCGGCGCCGGGGCCGCUGCGGGGUGCGGCGCCUCCCCGCUCCUCGCUGCCGCCGCCGCUCCUCCGCGCCGCCCGCAGCAGCCGCCGCCGGCGGGCCGCCCCGCUCCAUGGCGACCCCCAGCCCCUGCAUCGUGAUCGGCGAUGAUGAACAAGGUUACGACCUGGACUUGUUCUGCAUACCUAAACAUUACGCAGACGAUUUGGAAAAAGUCUAUAUUCCUCAUGGGCUCAUCAUGGACAGGACGGAGAGGCUGGCACGAGAGAUUAUGAAGGGCAUGGGAGGACACCACAUUGUAGCUCUCUGUGUACUCAAGGGUGGCUAUAAAUUCUUUGCUGAUUUAUUAGACUACAUCAAAGCACUGAACAGAAACAGUGACAAAUCAAUCCCCAUGACUGUCGACUUCAUUAGGUUGAAGAGUUAUUGUAAUGAUCAGUCAACUGGAGAUAUAAAAGUCAUUGGCGGAGAUGAUCUCUCAACCUUGACUGGAAAGAAUGUUUUGAUCGUAGAAGAUAUAAUUGAUACUGGUAAAACAAUGAAAACGUUGCUGUCUCUACUUAAGCAAUACAAUCCAAAGAUGGUGAAAGUAGCCAGUUUGUUGGUGAAAAGAACUCCUCGAAGUGUGGGAUAUCGGCCAGACUUUGUUGGAUUUGAAGUGCCAGACAAAUUUGUCGUGGGAUACGCCCUAGAUUACAAUGAAUACUUUAGAGAUUUGAAUCACAUCUGUGUGAUCAGCGAGACGGGGAAGCAGAAGUACAAAGCAUGAGAGCAAGUCCAAGCGCUACGACAACAGAGCUUUGAAUUGUUUUGUUUACCGAGUCCUAUCUUUCACAGGCUUCACUCUGGUACACCAGCUAAAAUUGUAGAACACCCCAGCCCCAUCGUCAUACGCUUUCUAUAAUUUAUUGCAUGUACGCUAUAAGAUCUUGUCUUGUUCAUUUAUAUUUUAGAAAUGCAAACAACUAGUGCGAUUCUGCACUCCUUAUUUUGAUUUGCACUAUGACUCUACCGACUAUUGCUGCCCCUGGUUGGGUUGUGCCGUUUGUGAGCUCCAGAGUCUAACUCUUGCAGUGGUAAAUUGCUUAAACCUCAUCAACCCAGAACUGAAAUAGUUCAAGUACUGUAAAUGUAAAACAUUUUAUGAUAGGGAAGUCUAUUAGUAAUAUUUUUAAAAUCUGUAAUUUAAGUUUUAUAUUUUAAUGCACAAAUGUGAUUGUGAUUAAUGGAUAGUUGCACCUUUGGGUGUUAUAAAGCAUGAGGAGCAGCCAGUUACAGUAUCUGUAAUCUCCAAAGAGCUCGUUCAGAUCUCCUGGAGUUGCCUUAUUGCUUUAAAGGAAGGCUGGGUGAAAAACGUCUCUUUUCUUUGUUUUUUAAAGGAGGUGGAACGACAAAACAGAAUGUUUCAAGUCUAGUUUUAGUUAAGCUGCCUGUUUCUGUUAGAUCUUUUUUUCUUUAAAAAUAUCCAUCAGCCAGUGGAAUUGCCUUUUAAAUUUAAACAAUUUUAAUAUAUUUGUGAAAAAGUAUUGUAAUGUUUACUUUAUAAGAUCUGCAAAACAAAGUACUUUAAAUAAAGGCUGUCUCUUUAAAAUAAGCCCCAUACAUCUAUGCCACUCAUUCUGUAUAUUAAAAUGCUUUUGAAGUUUCUCCUCAGUAAUAUUUUUUGAGUUUCUGACAGUGGAGGCAGACUCUACAUUUUUUAUCUUUAUAGAGCUUUUGGUUAACAUUAUUCUGUCUACAGGAGAGAUGAUAAAGUGCUGAGGGAAAAUAUUGGAACACUUGCAUGUUCUGUAACCAAACCUGAUUUCAGAGAAAAUGGUUAACGCACUGUCCUUUGUUCUGUUUUGGCAAAAACAAAGAGUGGAGAUUAUGUGUUCAUUAAACAUAUACACAUGAAAAAAAAACCAAACGGCCGUUUUGUAAGUAAUCAUUUGGGUUUAUUUCACUAACACCUCUGUUGGUGUUGAGUUUAUUUCUAACCAAGUCAGCCCGUCUCACACCUCGUCCUCGGGCCCUGCGUUUGUCCCUUCCCGUACGCGUUCUUGUACUUGUGACGCUGUGUGCUCAGAUGCGAUGCUGCUCAGUGCUAAAUACACAGUGAAGUGUUUGCCAGCCUGUUUUGACAGAUUUUUCUGUGCUUUUGAAGUUUGGGUUGUGUUUCUGAACCUGUCCAAGUACUGUGUGUUGUUAUCUAUCCACAGUGUGUUCACUUACAACUGUAGUACCUAGUAGCAGACCUACAAUAUAAAUAACUUAUACAAUUAAUUUAGAUCAAAUGACCACAAUGUGUAGAUCUGUAUGUAAAUCAAGGUUCUCAUUAGCAAAUACUAGAACACUGGUUGUGAUUAUACUGUACUUAUGCAAUGUUAUCAUUGAUGUUCCAAAGAGCUUUUAUAAAUGUGCUACGGCAACUAAUUGUA